ACCCGGAAGACGUGUGUUCGCUGUCAAUGCCAAAGACGGGGAGGAGGCACUGAGAGAUAAAAAAAAAAAAAAAAAACACAUUUAAGACAAGAUGGCAGGACUGCCCCGCAGGAUCACAAAGGAAACUCAGCGUUUGCUUGCAGAGCCUGUCCCAGGCAUCAAGGCUGAGCCAGAUGAAGGCAAUGCCCGCUACUUUCACGUGGUCAUUGCUGGACCUCAGGACUCACCUUUUGAGGGGGGCACAUUUAAACUUGAACUCUUUUUACCAGAGGAAUAUCCCAUGGCAGCUCCUAAAGUACGCUUCAUGACCAAAAUAUAUCAUCCCAAUGUAGACAAGUUGGGAAGAAUAUGUCUAGACAUUUUGAAAGAUAAAUGGUCGCCCGCUUUGCAGAUUCGUACAGUGCUGCUCUCCAUCCAGGCGUUGCUAAGUGCACCCAACCCCGAUGAUCCCCUAGCGAAUGACGUUGCAGAGAAGUGGAAGUCCAGUGAAGCUGAAGCCAUAGAAACAGCCAAGACGUGGACCAGGCUCUAUGCAAACAAAACUGAAGUGUAGAGCAGCCUGACAAGUGGAGAUACAAUUGGAAGUCAAGCAUGAACACAAACCCUCAUAUUCUGCCAAGACCUCUUCCAACUUUAUUUGCAUAUAAAUGACACAGUCUUAAAUAUAUAUAUAUAUAUAUAUAUAUAUAUGUACACAUAUAUAUUAUGAAAUAAACAUGAAUAUAUUAUAAAGGAUAAAAACAACUGCUGACAAUUGGUGAUUUUAAAUGCACGCUAGUAGUGAAAUGACUGGUCACUGUCCUAAUUCACUACUGUUCAAAUGCAUGGGCAGAGCUUGUAGAUCUACUCACUUGGCUUUCUUUGUCCAUUUAUUUUGAAAGUCUUUGCCAAAUGUUGCUUCUAAGCACAUUUAUGGGGGAAGAGGGCCCCACAUUUUAGGUGGAGGCUUGAGAACAGUGGAGACAGUGGGAGGUGUUGUCUAGAUAUGGUCAAUAUUGUGUACUAUUUCUUUUAACUUUGUUUUUUUAUGUUGCUGUUUAUGAAAUGCAGCUAACUACUACUAGCCCGCUGUAUGUAGGCACUCACCUGGAUGCAGACAAGUGUUUGGUCCUGCAUAGAUGGACGCAUAAACGAUCGCAUUCCUUCUUGCGUACACAUCUGGCUGCAUCAAAUGCAAACUAAUAUUACUAAAACCCAAACUGAGCCUUUCACUGUCACGUUAAUGUUUUCUGCCACUCUGAGUGUAAACUGUAGGCUUGUGGGUGGUGUGUGGAGAGUGUGGAGUGUAUGGUGGACAUUGUGAGCAGUUUUACCAUAUGUUGUUUUUGUGUUUUGUUUUGUUUUUUUUUGUUUUGUUUUUUACCUUAGCCAGUUUUUUAUAUGUGAAUCUUGCUUUCAGUUCCCACACUAACCACUCUAUGUCAUUACAGUCUAAUGGUUCAAGACUCAGUGGUUUACUUCUUCCCAUGGCAUUUAUUUCACAAAGCAGUGGUUACACUUGACUGUCAGUUGUCUGGUGACAUGAGGUGGGGUGGGGUGGUGAUCUGUGUGAGAGGAGUGCUGGCUUGUCACAGGAUCAAACGCCAAAAGAUCAGUGAAAGCUUUUGGCUGAAAAGUCUGUAUUCAAUUCACUGUUUGUAAAUUCAUUUUUUCUAUUGUUCUGGUGUGUGGAGAGGAAAUGUUUUCCUGCUCUGAGAAUGCUAUGAAACGGUCCACCUUCAUACAUUUAUGUUGUGUAAAUAAAAUCUGUUGGUUAAUAAA